GUUUAUGGCGGCGAUUGACCCGACCAGUAGGCUAUUGUUAAAUACCGGAGCAUAAACUGUCCAAAAUGACUGUGCUCUGAAAAAUGAUUCAAAGUUUUAAUCGCGUGGUGUCGUUUCCUUUAUGGAACAAAUUAGCUAAAAAUGGGAAAAGUGCUUGGAAUUCAUGCCGAACUUGUUGCACGUGGUUAGCUUUCCACCAACAAUUCGAAUCCCAGCUAUUUAAUUCAAGCAGUACAACAUGGGUUGAUGUUGGGACAACAUUUACUUCACGAAUCAGAAAAAGAAUGCUUCAUACGUUACCUGGUGAUUUUGGUGAACAGUUACCUAGCUUAAAGCAGAUCGAGCAUUUUCUCACUAGUCGUAAACUCGUGUUUGAACACGGCCAUACAUCACUGAUAGGAAGUUGUCCACUUUGUGCCAGCAAAGCCCGGAACAAAAAGGAGAAGGGUCCUGCACGAACACUUUAUAUUAACAAGACUACUGGAAGUCAUUUUUGUAAAAACUGUGAAUUAUCGGGAACCUGGAGUCAAUUUAAGAAGAUACAUGAAGGAAAUAUUUCACAAGAGGCAAGAAAAUUCUCUUCAAAUAGUGAUCAUCUUGAAAGCAAUUCAGAUUUAGCCAGAAAAGUAUGGGAAAAGUCAACUUCACUGGCUGAGUGUGAUCAUCAUACCUGGGAAAAGUUUAUUAAUCAUUUCUCAGUCAAGGAAUUGAGAAGGGAUGUAUUAGAGAAAUUUCAAGUCAGAUUUGUCGAACAUGAGUUCAAGGAGCAAAAUGGGAAGACAAGAAAUUAUGACUGUGUACUAUUCCCAUGGUUUGAUAUCAGCAAAGAAACUGUUAAGGGCAUUAAGCUGGUGAAGCUUGGGUCUGACUCAUCUGACUCAAGCAUUGCUAUUGAACCAAGGCAAGGGUUUUUGGGACUAUUUGGUUGGAAUACAGUAGAUUCUGAAGCAAAGGAGGUUGUUUUGACAUCCAAUGAGUUUGAUGCUAUUGCUGUGAGUCAAUCAACUUCAUAUCUGGCCAUUUCCCUUCCAAUGGGAACAAACUCACUUCCUCUUGAGGUUCUUCCACAACUUGAACAAUUUGAGAAGAUUAUUCUUUGGUUUGGAAAUGAUGUUUUCUCUCGGCAUGCAGCCAAUCAGUUUUCAAAGAAGUUAAACUUGAAGAGGUGUUUCCUUUUCAGACCCAGUGAUGACAAAACUCCAGCAAAUGCCUUAGACGCUUUAAAUUUGGGUUAUGAUCUCACAUCAUUAAUUUCUGCUGCUCAACCAAUUAGCCACGAAAAAAUUACUACUUUCCACCAGUUGAGAAGUGAAGUUUUUGAUCAGUUUGUUAAUGCUGAACAAGUGGCCGGAGUGAAGUGGAAGAGAUUUCCAAAAUUAAACAACAUUCUGAAAGGUCUAAGGCGUGGAGAAGUGACAGUGUUUACUGGACCCACUGGAGCAGGAAAAACAACUUUAUUGAGUGAAAUGUCGCUGGAUCUCUGUAUGCAGGGGGUGAACACGCUUUGGGGAAGUUUUGAGAUUCGUAAUGUACGCCUUGCGAAAAUGAUGAUGUGUCAGUAUUCAGGAUUGAAUUUAGAAAGAAACGUUGAGCAAUUUCAUUACUGGGCAGACAAGUUUGAGAUGCUACCAAUGUACUUCAUGUGUUUUUACGGAGCUCAGAAUAUCAACACUGUCAUCGAAACCAUGAGUCAUGCUGCUUAUGUGUAUGACAUUGAACACGUCAUCGUCGACAAUCUACAGUUUAUGACGUCAUAUCUGAGCCGCGGGGACGACCGAUUUUCGGCUCAGAAUCACGUAAUCUCAGCACUGAGGAAUUUUGCCAGCACCAGGAAUGUACAUGUUACUUUGGUCAUCCAUCCAAGAAAGGAGAAUGAUGAUGUUGAAUUGCAAACAGCGUCCAUUUUCGGUACAGCGAAAGCCAGUCAAGAAGCUGACAAUGUGGUCAUUCUUCAGAGCAAGAAAGGAGCAGCCAACAAAUAUCUUCAGGUUACGAAAAAUCGCUUUGAUGGUGUACUGGGCCGCGUUCCUUUGGACUUUGUCAGAGAAUCUCUAUCAAUGUCGGGAUUUGGUAAAACACAGUCAUCAACGAACACCACUGACAGAAACAGAAGGCUUCCCGAAAAGCUGAACGCAACUAGAGUAGCGGCAGACGUAAAUAUUGUGAAGUUUUCAGCCCCAAGAAUUGUUGGAGCACAGAAAUCAAUACAACGAAAUGGAGUGUCACCAAGGACGGUUUCUUCAGCGAUUGCUGAUGAGAACAACCUCGUAGUAGCGUCGGAUGAAGUUACAAGAAAUGCGAAGUACAAAAGAAAGAUGAACGAUGAAUCAAAUCAUAAUGAUAAAGUUAUGGAAAUUGAAAAAACUUCUGAUGUAAUUUCGGAAGAAAAAAAGGAAACUGUACAAAAGGCAGUCAAAAAGAUUCUAAGUGGCACCCGCCUGUACACUAAAGCUGUCAAUAGUCCACGGAACAAUACUGGUGUGGGUAAAUCUACAUGGACGCGAUUUUUAACUCAACCACGUAACUAAUUGUUGUAGAAGAAAACCCUGCGGACUUCUCGAGAAUUCGAAGGAUCAUCUUUGUAGGCUAGUAUGGGAAAAUGUGAAAACAGAAUGGUUUAGAUAAAAAAAAAAUUUGCUGUGCGAACUUUAUGACGUGCCAAUACAGCUAUUUUCAAUCCAGUCUAGCAAGCAAUCCGAAAUCUGCAUAAUAGUCAAACCCACAUGCUCGGAAAAGCGCUAGACGACCGCUGAGUAGUUUGGAGAGAUCUAAGGCGGAGGUUGACCUAAAAAAAUAGUAAGUAAAGCGGUUGAUCACUCAAUUUACAUUUUA